AUGUCCAAGCGCGUCGCAAUGAGCGAGAAGCCCGACAUGGUUCACGAGAACCACAUGGACGGCGAAUCCCUCCAGCCCACUGGCACCAGGAUGACCGACGGCGACAAGGGCAGCAGUCGAUACGCCGACAGCGAGUCUGGUUUUGCCCACAAGAGCGAGCUAGCCAAGGCGGAGCGCAAGCUCAUCAUGAAGCUGGAUCUCGGCAUCCUCCCCUUUGCUGUCCUCCUCUAUCUCUCGGCCUACCUUGACCGAGGAAACUUGGCCAAUGCCCGUCUCCAAGGUCUUCAGGAGCAGACUCUGAACAACAGCGAUACUAAUUACUCGAUCGCCCUCGUCUGCUUCUUCAUCACCUACAUCGUCUUCUCCAUCCCUGGUACCCUUCUCGCCAAGCAGUACAACCCUAGCACCACUAUCGCCAUCGGAUGUCUCAUCUGGAGUGUCGCCGCGACUUGCCAGGCGGCCGCCAUGAACCCCGCCGGUGUGUUUGUCUGCCGUCUCUUUGUCGGUAUCGGCGAGGCCAUGUUCGGUCAAGCGAUGGCCUUCCACCUGUCGCUCUGGUACACCAAGCGCGAUCUCGCCAAACGUGUCGGUCUCUUCAUCUCGGCCGGUGCCCUCGCCGGCGCAUUCGGCGGUCUCAUCUCCUUCGGUGUUUCAUCCAUCCAGCGUUCCUCCAUCGCCCAAUGGCGUAUCCUCUUCCUCAUCGAGGGGUGCCCAUCGGUACUGCUCGGUAUCGUCGCCUUCUUCUUCAUGCCCGGCCGUCCCGAGACCUCGCGUUACCUCACCGAGGACCAGCGCACAUUGUGUCUCACCCGUCUCAACCGUUCCGCCGGCGUUUCUUCCGAGCUCGGUAUCGACUGGAAGGGUGUCAAGCGGUGUGCUACGGACUGGAAGUCAUACGUCAUUGCCAUCAUGUACUCGUGCAUGAACUUGACCCUGGCAAGUGUGGGGGGCUUCCUGCCGACGAUUAUUAAAGGUUUCGGCUACUCGAAUGCUCAGGCCCAACUUUUCACCGUGCCCCCGUAUGCCGUCGCCCUCGUAUUCAUGCUGCUCCUCACCUCGUUCUCCGACUACAAGCAAAGCCGCGGUAUCCCCAUCAUGUCGGUCUUCUUGAUCGGUAUUGUCGGCUGGGCGAUUCUCCUCUCCGUUCCGGCUGCCAACAUCUCCCAGUCCCAGUACUCUGCCCGAUACUUUGCCUGCUGCUGCAUCGUCACUGCCGGCUACACCAACAUCCCGCUUAUUAUUUCCUGGCAAGCCGGUAAUAACCCGAACGAAUCGCAGCGUGCGACGGCUCUUGGUUACCUCAACUCCAUUGGACAGUCCCUCUCGCUCGCCGCCAGUUUCCUCUUCCCCUCGGUUGAGGGACCCUCGUACACCAAGGGCUCAAUCGUCAACAUUGCGUUCCAGGCGUUUGGUCUCCUCAUCGCUCUCAGCAUGACCCUCUACUACCGCUUCGAGAACAAGCGCAGGGAUGAGGCCGAGGGCGGCAGGCCGCCAGCGGGUACGCACUUGGACACUCACGAGUUCUACGACAAGGCUCAGGGCUUCCGCUAUGUCAUUUAG